AUGAGUUAUCGAUCGCUUCAUGAUGAUGAAGACGGUAACGAACAAGUUUUUCUUGAUGAGGCUGACAUCAUCGAUGAAGUUGACGUGGAUAAUGAAGAUCUUCCUGAUGCUGAUGAUGAUUCUGAACUCGAGGACGAGGAUGGUGAUUUUGUGCACAAAUUCACUGCUCAUACUGGGGAAUUGUACACAAUUGCCUGUAGCCCAACAGAUGCGGCCCUAGUGGCUACUGGGGGUGGUGAUGACCGAGGAUUUCUCUGGAAGAUUGGCCAAGGAGAUUGGGCUUUUGAGCUUCAAGGUCAUGAAGAAUCUGUAUCUAGUUUAGCUUUUAGCUAUGAUGGACAGCGUUUGGCAUCAGGAAGCUUAGAUGGAAUUAUUAAAGUCUGGGAUGUAUCAGGAAAUUUGGAAGGGAAAAACCUUGAAGGUCCUGGAGGGGGCAUUGAGUGGCUUAGGUGGCAUCCAAGAGGACACAUACUCUUAGCUGGUUCUGAGGAUUUCACCAUUUGGAUGUGGAAUACUGAUAAUUCUGCCCUACUUAAUACAUUUAUUGGUCAUGGUGAUAGUGUAACAUGUGGUGAUUUUACUCCUGAUGGGAAAAUAAUAUGUACUGGAUCUAAUGAUGCGACCUUGAGAGUAUGGAAUCCAAAAAGUGGAGAAAGCACUCAUGUUGUGCGGGGCCAUCCAUAUCAUACUGAGGGAUUAACAUGCUUGACGAUAAAUUCAACUUCAACACUUGCACUUUCUGGUUCUAAGGAUGGAUCUGUCCAUAUUGUGAAUAUCACCACAGGAAGAGUUGUUGAUAACAAUGCCCUUGCUCCUCAUUCAGAUUCCAUCGAAUGUGUUGGGUUUGCACCAAGUGAUUCCUGGGCUGCAGUUGGUGGCAUGGAUAAAAAAUUGAUCAUCUGGGAUAUAGAGCAUUUAAUACCCCGAGGAACUUGUGAACAUGAGGAUGGAGUGACAUGUUUGGCAUGGCUUGGUGCAUCAUAUGUAGCUACUGGUUGUGUGGAUGGUAAGGUGAGAAUUUGGGAUAGCCGGUCUGGUGAAUGUGUAAAAACAUUGAAGGGGCACUCUGAUGCCAUUCAGUCUCUUUCUGUGUCUGCUAAUCGGGAUUACCUUGUUUCGGCCUCACUUGAUGGAACAGCUUGUGCUUUUGAGGUUGAAAAUUUUCGGUAA